CUCUAAGUGUCCCCUGUGAAAAUUUAUUUGGAUCUGCAAGUGCAUGAGGCUGCGCCCCCUCCAACGUCAUAGCUACCCCAUAUCUUUAGGUUCUAGCUCUCAUAUUUUUCAGCUCCCUGGUUUUUUGGAAGAAAAAAAAACGAGGCGAAAGAAAAAAGUGAAAUAAAUGAAAUACGAUUAAUCAAAAUUUGAGUUGUUUGAAAGAAUUAUACUUAUCAGAGAAACUAAAUUAAAUUCUACAACCAUGAAGAAUAACAGCAAUCUUGAUAAAUUCUGUUUUUUUUUCAAAAUCAGAACCAAUCAACCUUUUUCUGAUUAUUCUGUCACUUUCCAUAUUUUGGAGAAAAAAAUAAAAGUGUUCAUCGACGCCCUGUACUGCAUGAUGAAACUGUAUCCCCACUCGGCCCUCGUAACCCCCCCCCCCCCUCCCUCUCCCCCACCACAAUGCCCCUUGCUCAUUUCUCUUAUCUCACCUUGACCUUAAUUAAUUAAUCUUAACUAUUUGGCGGUACAGUCAAACGUGACUGGUCGCCAUCAUAGUUUCAUCCCCAACAAACAAGGAACAAACAAUAACAAUUCUGUUUUUCGACCCAACAUCAUUCCUUUCAAUAUGCGUAAGGCUAUACGUGGGCAUGCACAAACAACGUGGGUUAACAAAAACUGACCCGCGUUUGGACUAAAAUUGUGAUUAAAAUAAAAAUGUUAUAAAUAUGAAAAAAAUAUGUGUAUAAUGAAGGAUAUCUGAUAAACGGAAAAACAUCAAUCGCUAAUUCAUAAAAAUGCUGGAAAAGAUAUGACAGAGGUUUUUAACAACGGUAAUCAAGGGGAAUUAGUGUAUGGGUGAAUGGCGUUCGAGCUUUAGCCGGAGAGGGCGCGGGCCAAAUCUGCCUGAAUCUGGCAAUAUGGCGUCGUCCAUUAAGCUGACGUUAGCCAGCGGCGACUGCACGUACGUGUAUAUAUCGCUAGCUCUGUGCAAAACUGUACUAUCGUACAUAUGCAUAGCCAUAGGAUUUUGGAAUCGCUUCCGUAUUUACAGUUUUACGUACGUACGUCCCCGCGGGAGUGAGUGGAAUUCUUAACAGAGAAUUUGAUUAGUCAUUAGUUCCACAAGGGCAUCUUUUACGCCAAUCAAAAUGAGUUUCAUGAACAGACUUGGGAGAAAAAAAUGGUAUAGCCUUUGUGCUAGACCGUUGUAUUUUAAUACAUGUUUGUGAUCUGGAAAGAGAAAAUAAUUUUAAAAUUUUCAAAGUGACUCACAUAAUAUGAACAUUUAAAAUUCAAUGAAGUUAUAAGAAGAAAAAUUAAACUGAAAUAUAAUAAAAUUAAACGAUAAAUCAAACAUUAUAUUUUGAAGAUAAGUGAAAUAUUUUUAUGAGGUAUUGAAAUACGACUAAAAUUCGUCCAGUAUAUUAUGUAUACAAUGUACGUACAGAGCCAACGUAACUGAACUGGAGAUCUCCAUCCAACCGGAGGAUUCUAGAACCUGGAAGAAGAGUGAGACUGAGAAACUGCCCGAUCACUCUGGAACGUAACUCCUUCUACUUUAUUAACAUGCUACUUACUGGGUUAACAGAAAGGAGUACAUAAUGGAUCAACGCGAUGGUUUUAGUCAGAAACCAUCGAAAAUUCGCCCGAUUACCAUCGACGAUCCGCUUCCAGCAAAUUGGGAAAUGUUGACUGAUCCGGGAACAGGUUGGCCGUUCUUCGUCAACCAUGCAGCUCGUGCUACAACUUGGGAGGAUCCAAGAGAUGAAAAGGGUGUGAAUACAACUUCAACUACAACAAGUUAUGAUAAUGGAAAUCAUUCUCAAGCUGGAUCUGAUGUGCAGCCUUUGAAUGACAGUUCCUUUGGCAAUAUGUAUGUCCAGUCAGCCCCCCACCAUGGUCAUCCAACUCCUACCAGCCAACAGCAGUACUACUGGCAGAAUAGACCCGUUCAUGUAGAGCAUGGAGGAAGUGCAAGCCCCAAGAACCACCAUCGGGAGUUCCCUAUCGUAGACGGCAAGUUCGUCAACCAGAGCAUGGUCAGUCCACAGAGCAGCAGGAGAAUGGGUUCCAUGAUCCAGAGGCCAGUCACGAUGCAUAGUCCACGCCAGAGCCGAAGAGGAGGAGCCCCCCUGCAGCCAUCGGGGAGUGUCCUGCAACGGGGUGGAGCUGUCAGGUCCAAUGCAAGACCGAUGUCACCCCAGCAGCCACACCACCAACACCCAAGCAACGGAAGACCCAAUGGAAGUCAAGCAUAUACUGUUCCAAUCCAUGUGCAGCAGCAGCAGCAGCAUGAUGGAUCCUCUUCCGGAAGCAGCAGUCCAGAGCCGAGGAGCGGGAUGACCAGUUCCAUGAGGAAUUUUAAUGGUCACCAGACCCCGAUCUCUAUACCCAUUCAGGUGCUACGUGGUGGGGGCAACCAACAGAAUAGUGAUUUUCCUCAUGUGCCGCCUCCUGUUCCUCCUUACCCUCAUGAGAGUCUGAUUAGUCAAAGGGCAUCUCAGGCUAAUCACCGUGCCCAUUCACAAGCUGGUACCAAACCGCAAAGGACCCCGACCGUUGCAUCGCCUCAGCUACCGAAUGUCAGUGUCUCUGGAGAUCUUCCACAGUUCACCGAAGAAGGGUCAUCAUCAUCAUCAUCCAGUCAAGAGCGUCACUCCCAGACUCCAUCAAGGGGAGGGGGGCAGACGAGAACAGCGUUCCAUGGUGCCCCUCGUAAAGCACAUUCACCGCCCAGGACUCAACCGGCAACGCAGCACAAGACGACAAAGACGGCAACGUCAAAGACCAUUGAUAUCGACCCAAAGCCAGCUACAUCCAGUGAAAAAGAAGAGGCUUCACUGCAGCAUCCAAAGGAACUAAGGGAAAUAUUUGACAUCAUGACCAUCAUUGCUCAGCUGGGAAAUGAAGUGGAUACCUUUCAAGGAUCAAAGACUGACCAAUCGUAUCUGAAACUUGAAGAACUCCUCACUCGCCAAGUACUCCGUCUUGACAAUAUUGAUGCACAUGGAGAUAGCACUGUACGGAAUGAACGCAAGAAGGCAGUGCAUAAAGCCCAGGGAUAUCUUGACUUCUUAGAAAAGAAAUGCAGUGGCAAUAGCUAGCCUAGCAUUUCUUCAUCUCUUUUAUCAAUUUGAAUGUAAUAUAUUCUCACAUUGUAAAUGUGUAAAUUUGUUAGUGGCAGUAGUAUUUGAUUCUUCGAAUUUGAAAUUUCGUUCUCAGUUUAUUCAGCAUUUAGACUGUUUUUGAGUGGAUCGGAACUAAGAAUAACAAUUUGAUAUUAAUACUGAGGUCAUCUCUGUUGUAAAUUAUUGUUUACAUUUGGAAAGAAACCUACAAGUGUGCAUGCACAGUCAAUUGAUGCAAUGUGUGCUAUGAUAGAUUGCAUACAGACUUACUUUAAUUACAUGUUUAUUUUCAACCGCUUUUGGCUUUGCUCCAUUUUAUUAAUCACAGAAACUGCACAAGGGUUUUGGUUUGUACGUUGUAGUUGCUGUUUUGAUUUACAUGUGAGUACAUAGAGGCUAGACUAGUGAAUAUGAUACAGGUUUGCCAAAUCAUGGAUUGCCUUGAAUGUGUUUUGAUUAGAUGUAAUGGAAACAUAUCCACGUCAAAGUUAUGACAUUUUUUAAAGCCUAAAUAUUGAUACCUUAAAACUGCCAAGGAGAUUUUAUGCUGUCUUUAGAGAGAUAGGCUAAUGUAUUCAUUACAACAUAUUUAUAUAUAUAUAUAUAUAUAUAUAUAUAUAUAUCAUAUAUAUAUGAUUCUUUUUAAUUACUUGACAAUCAGUAGAUGCCACUGAACUCAAGAGCAAUAUAUUAAUCUUGAAAGAAUAAGAAACACAAAUCCCUACCUAUUCUAAAUUUUCAAAGUUUUUAUAUUUUGCAUCGCUAACUUUAAACUGCUUGGAUUACAUGCUGUCAUUUGGGUACUUGACUUUGAAGUUCGCACAACUUUUAUUUAGGCAGAAAUGAUGUAUUCAACCUGUGUGCAGAGAUCCUUUAUAUUAUUAAUCAUAGUAUUAAAGAAAUGUAUUCAUUAUUUAUUUAUUCUUUCUCUUCAUGUACAAUUUACAAAGUUAUAAAAGAGAGGUUGUGGUGGCUUUGGGUAAUGGAUCUACAUUUUCAUUGAAACAUAAUAAAAAUUGAAGGACUCCAUUCAACUUAUGACAAAGAAAAUAAAGUGGUUCAGGUAAACAAAAAUAUGUAUUUUUUUUAAAAUGGUUCAGGGCUUUUUGAAUAUAUUUUUAUGUGCCAAAGUUGACCUUAAAUGUCCUACAAUUGCAGAGCUCGAAGUAAUCCAAUCCAAUGCUAUGGUUAUAGAUGGCCUUUUAAUUGGCCUCAAUGAUCUCACAUUGGCUUUGGAGAUUUGUACUGCCCCUUUUUAUUUGAUUUGAGCUGUAACAUGGAAAUAUGCCCUAAACAAAGGUGGCCUUAAUUGCUUAAACGAUAUUUUAAAUCAGAAUAUAAAGGCUUGUAAUUAGAAGCAUGAUAGACCAAAACAUGCAAAGCAUGUAUCUUCCGUCUUUCAAAUUGAAUUUCAUCUUUAGAAGUCGGUGAGAUUUCUGUGCUGCAAGGGUUAUGCCUGUAUUCAAUUUAAACUUCAAAAUGAUACAGGCCAGUUUGUGUUCAUGAACUUCUGUUAAAUUUGGAUCUUUAAUUUGUAGAUAAUCAAAGUUUUAAGAAGGAAUUUUGUUCUAAGGCUCAAUCUGUAGUACAAUAUGUAGAGGAAGUAAUUUAUAAGAAUGGUUAGCAAAGGAGCUAACAAGGUUAUCAUGUGUUUGUAAAAUAUCCGGAUACCUUUAAUGGUCAAGGUGUCACCCAUGUGACCCUAAUCAUGUUUUAAGAGAUUAUACAUCCCCUUAUUAUGGUAGACAUGCUAAUUGCGUAAUUCCCAAUACCCUGUGAUAAACAAAUUUCAGAGCUUGUACAUCAUGUCAGUUGUGUCGUAAUUCACAUAAAAUAACACAACAGACAUUAGUCUUAGGUGCAAACCUUGACUUUUAUAAAAUGAUGUAUCCAUCAUGAAUCUACAUUGUAUUUCAAUUGAUGAGUUCACCGGGCCACCGAAUGUCUGUACAUGUGUGUUUGUGCAAGAUGUUAUCUCCAUGAAUUUUCAUUGAAUGUGUUGUUUUUUGCUUUGUCGUGGUCAGAGAGAAUUAAAAAAAACACACCUUUCAUGCAGUUAGGCGCAUAUCAGGUACUCAUUUCAACAAUCUAAAGAAAUUUGUCAUGGAAAGAGCUGAUUAAUUUUUUUUUAAUAAUAAAGAAAUAUCUGUCAGAAUAAGUUAUUAGCAUGUCUCCUAUUCCAACCUGAUAUUUUUUUAAAACAUGAACUGCUAAUUAGUUCCACAUUGUGCACACAUUGAAGGUCAGAUGAGGACUAUGUGAGUGAUCAAGCCUGAAAUUAAAGGUCAAGUCCACCCCAACAAAAAGUUGAUUUGAAUAAAAAGAGAACAAUCCAACGAGCAUACCACUGAAAAUUUCAUCAAAAUCGGAUGUAAAAUAAGAAAGUUAUGACAUUUUAAAGUUUCACUCAUAAUUUCACAAAACAGUUAUAUGCACAUCCUGUUCGGUAUGCAAAUGAGGAGACUGAUGACAUCAUCCACUCACUAUUUCUUUUGUAUUUUAUUUUAUGAAAUAUGAAAUCUUCUAAGUUUCUCCUCAUUGUCAAGUGAAACAAUGAUUAAUUCCUCCCUGAACAUGUGGAACUAACAUUAUUUAAUACUAUAUUGUUCAGUGAAGUUGGUCCUUAUUGUCAAAUCUGUAAAAAAAUGAAAUAUUGUAUAAUUCAAACAAUAAAAGACAAAAGAAAUAGUGAGUGAGGGACAUCAACGACUGUCUCAUUUGCAUAUAACUGAAUUGUACAUAUCACUGUUAUGUGAAAAAUAAGCGAGACUUUAAAAUGUCAUAACUUUCUUAUUUUUCAUCCGAUUUUGAUAACAUUUUCAGCGUUUUGCUAGUUAGAUUUUUCUCUAUUUAUUCAAAUCAACAGUUUUCUGGGGUGGACUUGACCUUUAAAUGAAAUAAGGUUCAACUACAGUAGUUGUAGAUUUGAAAUGUAAAAGGAGAACUGUAAAAGAGGAGUGCAAUGUAAAGCUAUAUCUGUCCAUUUGAUGGGUCUUUGACAGAAUGAUAAUUGAAUUGAGAAUACAAUCUAAUUAAGUUAAUUUGUUAUUGACAAUGUAUACAACAUGGUUGUUUGGCAAGUAUUGAAAUGAAGGAGUAAAAGACUGUAUUUUUAUUAGUUGUAAACAUGUUUAUGUUUGUGUCUUUCUCUUUUGUUUUGUUUCCUGUGUUUGUUCUUAUUCGUAUAACUGAAUGUACCUCAUGACAUAAUAGGCUAUUUCAAAUCAAGUUAAUGACGGGCAUUUAGAAUUUGCAAGAAACUCAAUUUCAAAAUUUGACCCAAAAUGGGUGUAUGCCGGUUUGUAAAAUCUCUUCUGCAUACUUCAAUGGGAUACAUGUAAAAAGGAAGCAAGUGACAAAAUGGGAUUUCUUGUAAGAAAUAUGUAAAUGAAAUACUAGUUCUCAAACAAAAUGUUUUUCACCAUUUAUGCUUUUCCUGCCUUAUCUAAUGUCUCUGAAGUAUUUCAAGAAAUUUUCAAAUGCUAUUGUUGUUUUUGGAACCCAUGAUGUAGCUGGCAAUGAGUGUAGUACUAUAAAAAGGUUUUCUUUUCAGUUUUUAUUGCAUUUUCACUUUAGAUUUAUCCAACACUUGAUAGAAUUGUAACCCCCCCCAAAAAAAAAAAAUGGCGAAGGAUGCAUCAGUAAAUGCGUUACUUUUAGUUAUCAAUGAAAUGUUUCUUACUUCCUUCUGUAUGAAAGUAAUGACAGUCAUUGAUCUUCAUGUACAUAUUUGACAUUUAAAAGGCAAGCUAGGCCUCGGUAGCAUAUACAGUCACACUCAGUGUACUGUAUUGAGUAUGUGGGUCAUAUGUGGGUGCCUUCACUGCCUAACCAAGGAAAUUCUAUUCAUUAUUCUGGGGCUAUUGUUGUGUGUCAAAACAAGUGAUGCACAAAAGUCAUUGUCAAUCACCAAUAUUCAUGGCUAUUAUUAUCUUUGACUUUCUGCUGUCACAUUGCACCCCCAAAAAUAGUACAAAAUUGCAGGCAAGCAUUUGGUUAUAAGAACUAAAUUCAAAUUUUCAAGUUUAAGUCUCUUCAUGUAUUCAUUUUGAAUUGAGAUAUAUAUGAUAUGAGUCUUUUUUAGAAAGUGAGUCAUUUGUUUUAGAAUCCCAGGGUUCUCCACACCAAAUUAGGGAUUUUUGUAAUCCUACACAAUCUGAAAUGAUUGCAUGUCAAACUUGGUCUGUUCACAUUACCAGUUUAUCAUUACUUUGCUUUCCUUUUUAUGCAUAGUACAGGAAAUGUGAACUGGUCCAAACUUGAAUAAGGGAAGAUAAACAUGCAGUCAGGUUUAUUCACAUGUCCAGUUUCUCAGACUUUGUUUUCCUGAUUAUUCAUCGUAUAGGCAGUGAUAAUGUGUCUAACCAUAUUAUUUAGUAUUGGAAAUCCACACCGCGUUUGGAUUGUACACAUAACGAGUUUCUCAGACUUUGUUUUCCUUAUUUGGGGAGAGUAAAAUGGUCCAAAUACUCGAUCAUGUUUGCCUCUUCUAAGUUAAAAUAGGGCUUGUAUUCUAUUCAAUACUGAAAUUUAUGAUAGACUUAUUUAAUGUGGAACUGACCAUGUUGCUAAAAAAAUGUACCCCCUCUCCUAACUUAAAUGUAUUUUGAUCUGUAUGCAGUUGCUUUCAGACGAGUGCUACAUACAUGUACAUGUAUAUUCUUAUAAACCCAGAGAGCUCUCUGGGUCAGUAUAUUCCCUUUUCCAAAUUGUUUAAAAGCAGAGGGUCUAACAAAGCUUAAUUUUACUGUAAACAUCUGAUCAUAUAUGUACAUUACAUGCAUUCUUGCAGGUCAUGUCACAUAGAAUAAGAAAAGACUUUCAAGCUUAAAUGUGCAAAAGAUGGGCUACCCAAAUGUACAUCCUCUCCUCUGGCACUUGUAUCUAUUUAUUUCUAUAGGGGAAAAUUGUGCCAAUUUGUAUAAAAAGGUUUGUAAGAAGAUGUAUAAAAAAAACAAAAGAAAUAUUAUGUGUGUAUAGUGGCACAACCAAAACUUGAUUGUAUAGUGUGAAUAUUUAUUUUGUGGGAUAGAGACUAUAUAAUAAGUGUACUUCAAGUAAAAUUGAUAUUAAAUGAAAUGAAAUCUAUA